CCUUACCACCAGCACGCGCCACGGAGCACCACGCGAGGGGAGAGAGUCACAGAGCGUCGACAGGCACAGUGCACACAGAGGCGUCUUCAAACACCGUCCAGCUCCGCGGUGGAGCGCGCGCACACGCUGAAGGGAUUCUUGACAGAUAAAAGUUUUGAUUACGUGAACGCGAAGCCCGCUCUUCCUCUCCUCACGUGCCGCGCGGGACCCCUUCCCCUGUGCUAAAGCCAGCGAUACGACACGGUAACCCACUCAUUCCUGAGGAAGUCAUAUCCGGGAAGCUCUCCGAAGCGCACGAGAGGAGCGGGUCUGGAUGGGGAAGCCACGUGGAAUUAGUGAUCUCGUGAAGUCCGCUGCCGCAUCCUUCCCCUCUGCGCUGGAGGCAAGUUGCGACAAAACUUUCUCCUGAUGUAAAGCUCUUACCCCGGGAUGUUUAUUUCCAGCAUGAAUCGCACAGUGUCACUCACGCCGCUGGACACGAAGGCACACAGAGGAGAUCUGAACUGGCCCUGGUGGAUUUUACUCCUAAACUUUUUCCUUUGCUGGACUUGGGCUGACGCACAGAUGGGGUUUGACGGUCCUCUCUCUGCACAGGAGCAAAUGUACAUCCUGCAUGAGAUCAAACUGCAGUGCCACCAGAACCUCUCCAACACUGACACGACGUCCACAGAUGAGGUCUGCCCUCCAGAGUGGGACGGUCUUAUUUGUUGGCCCCGUGGCUCCCCUGGGCUGGUUACCAAGGUUCCUUGCCCAUCUUACAUCUAUGACUUCAAUCACAAAGGACAUGCAUACAGACAGUGUGAAGUCAACGGCUCCUGGGUGUUUGUGGACUAUUGGAACAAAACAUGGACCAACUACUCUGAGUGUCUGAGCUUCCUUCAGCCCAGUGAUGAGGAGGAGAGACAAGACUUCUUUGAGCGGCUGUACAUCAUGUAUACAAUUGGCUACGCGGUUUCCUUCAGCUCUCUGCUAGUGGCCAUCCUCAUCAUUGGAUACUUCAGGCGUCUUCACUGCACCAGAAACUACAUCCACAUGCACCUGUUUGUUUCCUUCAUGUUGCGGGCAGUCAGCAUCUUUGUGAAGGACAAAGUCGUCUAUUCCAGAGCUGGACUGCAGGACUUUGACUCCGCCCUGCUGGACAACUUAAAAACAGUUAGCGCAGCGUCUCUGGACAAGUCUCAGUAUAUUGGCUGCAAGGUGACAGUGCUGCUCUUCAUCUAUUUCCUGACCACCAACUACUACUGGAUCCUGGUGGAAGGCCUCUACCUUCACACUCUCAUCUUCAUGGCCUUCAGAUCAGACUCUAAAUACCUCUGGGGCUUCACACUCAUCGGAUGGGGUGUUCCAGCUGUUUUCGUGGCCGUGUGGGCGAUUGUCAGAGCAACACUAGCAGAUGCUAGAUGUUGGGAGUUAAGUGCUGGAAACAUUAAGUGGAUCUACCAGGUUCCCAUCCUGACAGCCAUUGGGCUCAACUUUGUCCUGUUUGUGAACAUUGUGCGCGUGCUGGCCACUAAAAUUCGAGAGACCAACGCGGGGAGAUACGACACCAGGAAACAGUACAGGAAACUGGCAAAGUCCACUCUUGUGUUAGUGCUGGUGUUUGGCAUCCACUACAUCGUCUUUGUGGGGAUGCCUCACACAGUUGACGGACAAAGCUGGGAGGUUCGCAUGUACUGUGAGCUGUUCUUCAACUCAUUUCAGGGUUUCUUUGUGUCCAUUAUCUAUUGCUACUGCAAUGGAGAGGUCCAGACAGAGAUCAAGAAAACAUGGACACGCUGGAAUCUGGCCUUUGAGUGGGAGGGCCCCGUAAUCUGUGGCCGUUACCGUUACGGCUCAGUGGUCGUUGGCCUCAACAACAACAGCACCAGCAGUCAGUCCCACCUGGCUGGGGGUGUGCCCUCCACACGCUCCACCACGCUUGUCUCAAGCCGUGGUUAUAGGAACACGGGUCCCCCUCUGGUCAGCAUGCACGCCACUCUCCCAGGUUACGUAAUCAGUAACUCAGACCCGUCCAUACCUGAAGACCCUGAGGACAGUGGCCCCAAGCAGGUGGAUGACAUCUCCCUGAAGGAAAAUGUGCGCGUUCUAAAUACGAGUGUAGCAGCUGAGGAUGAGGAGGAAGCGCUGUAGCAGACGUCAUCUACUGCAGGUAGAUGCAGGUGGAGCUGUGCCAACCCAGCCUCAUGUCAUUAAAAAUGUAAAAAUGUAAUAGGAAUUGUCCGUGUGUGAGUAUGAUUUACAGGAGACAUGGAUGCGAGGUGCAGCCUUGUGCCCUGAGGGUGUAAUGCAACUGAAAAACUCAGCCAGCUGUCGGCUAUAGCACUGAGCCACUCAGUGAAGACAACGGCUUAUCAGCUUCAGAAGCUUGAGAAGCACCUGCAGAUGUCUGUGAAUUAAAAAAAAAGCUGAAUUAUUGACUAAACCAGUCACCCUUUGCUUUUCUCGGGGAGGGCAACACCACAGUGCCCUCUGCCACUCGGCAGCUUGAAAAAUGUGCUGCUGCGGACGAGUGCAGCUGUGGUGGUUAUUUCAACAUUUCCGGUAAAGUGUACUUUUCCUGCUAUUACCAUAAUUGUAUUUAACAUGAGUCACACACAGGACAAUGAUAAAAAAAAAUACGAUACAGAAACGUACACAUGAAAAGCAGGCUGAUAAGAACAGUGGCAGCACCACCAUGAUAACUGUAGAAUAAAAAUCAUCUCCUGGAUCAUGGAGAUUAAUGCACAGUAGAUUAAUGUACGUCAUUUUCUCCAUACAAACCAAAGCUCCAUUCAGAAAUACAGAAGACGAUGUAAUUUUCAUCCAUUUACUGGAGAUUCUGACUGUCCUUUUGGCUUUAUCCCAGUUCCAGAGGAAUGACAGUAUCUGUCAAGUAAGACAAUGAUACAUCCUGCUGAUGAAUCCCUUUAUCUUUAUUCAGUGUUGUGAUGAUCUGCUGUGAUGUGCUUGGUUGUCAGUUGUCAGCCCACUUUGUGAAGAAUCAUGCUCCUAAAGGAACUCAGUUUUGUGACUUUAAAAUGAAGUGGAAGGGGGCGGCACGGUGGAGCAGUGGUUAACACUGUCACCUCACAGCGAGAAGGUUCCAGGUUUGAACCUCGGUGCACCCAGGGCUUUUCUGUGUGGAGUUUGCUUUUCGAGGCAUGGAUUGAUGUACACGUGCAUUUUUAUAAUUUAUAAUUUAUUACCUUGAACUGCUGAUAUUUCUUGCUUUGUUUAUACUUGUAAGCAAAGCCACAAAAACUGUCACAGGCAGUAGCACCUACGGUUUUUAUGAGACAUCGAAUUUGAUGGUAAGACAGCAUUAAAAUCAUGGUUUUUCUAUUUUUGACAAUCAACUGUUGUGCUCACUUUGAAGGGCUACAUUUUGUGGCUGCUCAAGGGUUUUAUGUAUGCUUUGUUCCUGCAUGUUUGUCAGUGGAUAAGAUGCUGUGCUUGUCACAAAAAUAGAAUCUUUAUUGUUCAUGUGCCUCUCACAAGCUUUAAAAACGGACUUGAAAAGGGUUCUUUUUAAUCUGGUUGGUUGUUUUUCCCUGUGAUAUUUGUGUCUUCUCCCUUUUCUUUCUACUCUUCCUCCCUACCCUCCUCUCUGUUAUCUCCUAAUAAAUGUUUAA